AACUGAAGCUCAAGAGUAAGAUGCACAACUACCGCACUCAGCUGAGGUCACAUGGACUUUCGUCUGAGCUCAUGGUGAACACACUGAAGUCCAAGUCACGAGAAGAUGCUGAUCCCUUCCCAGCAAAGAAUGUCAAAAAGGCAAGAAGAGGUGAGACCAAUUACUAUCCUCAACCCAGCGGAGACAGUCCUGAAAACCUCGAGCAAGAAAGAGCAUCUCUUCUGACAGAAAUAAAGAUAAGAAAUAAUGAGAGAACCAUACGGGAGAAGAUGGCCAGGACUUUUCAGUUCAGGAGGCAAGAGAUUGUGGAUCAGAAGCCAACCAUCGAAAACCUCAUGGAAAGAUGGCCAGCUUUAUUUCAGAUGGGAGAGGUUGAUGCAGAGUUUCAGCGGGUUACUGCAGUUCCCCUCCUGACCAGAUUUAUGGCGCACCUGGACAAGCACUCCCCGCAGCUACUGAAGAUCUUCAGAAAGAAGGGAGGGACCACUAAAGCAAAAACUGCCGCGAUCCUGGAGUUUCUUGAUCAGGGUGCUGAUGCCGAUAUCAGAAGGGAGUGCAUCCUCAAAGCUCUCAUCAUCUACCUAGGAGAACAUGUGGAGGACCUAUUAAAGGAAUACAUGGUAUGUCCAGAUAUAUUCUGUCACCGAUUAUUCAACUUCAUUAAUCGUGGGAGACCACCUAUGCUGUUAUAUGUAGUUAUUCAUGAGGUGUGCCAGACUGCAGUUGUUCAGUUGCAUUUUUCAAAUAUUUUGCCUCAGGUGUCCCAGAAAGAUCAAGCCGUGCAGGAGCUGGAGAGGACCACCAUGGCAGUCUUCGUCUUCAGAGAGAAUUCAAGCCUUCUCCAACAGCCCCAAGACGUCGGGAUUAUCAUUGAUGGUGUGGAAGUCCUCAAUGAGUUGCCUUCUGUUGCAGCAGGAGUGGUAAUGCUCUUUGGACUUUGCUAUGCUCUUAACAUGGAAUAUCCACAGGGUUUCAGGUUCACCUUUGAGGCCCUUCAGAAGAUCCUGAUGGAGCUUGGUUCCAACAAGAUGACUUCCAAGAUUCGCAAACUCAGUGGUGAACUCAAAACUGCACAGUAGUGUAUGUGUGCUUAGUGUGUGCUUAGUAGUUGCCACUGGCUUUU